AUGUCAGCGAGGAAUAAUGUGCAAUGCAGCCUCAGCAGGUACCAGACGAGGAGAAAUGUUUUUUUCCUGUAAACGUUAAAGCUUGCACACUCAGUGCACAGACACACGUGAACACAGACAGCAUCAGUUUGCGAGUGAAAAACUUAAAUUAAAACACCAGAUUAAUGUCACGGCUGUGUGUUUUAGAUGAUAGGUAGUUGAUAGGGCUGGAGUCAGUCAACAUCAGUGGAAGUUGAGGAUUCAAUCAAGGAGAAGGAGACCAGGUUCCAAUUUAAAGGAUUUAUUUACAAGCUGUCAAGUGGUGUUUUCUGUACUUAACAAAAAAAAAUAUAAACAUAAUUUAUUAAUUGGUUAUCUUUAGACAUUAAAGUAAUGUGCACUAAUUUUACCUUUAUAUCAGAAUCUGGUUUAAAUAAAGCCCUUAACACAAAAUUGAUCCAAUGAAACAAUCUUAAUAGUCUUCAAAACGAUCUAUAAAUUAAAUACAUUAUACAACACUCACUUUGAUGCACUUGACAGCCAGGGUGAAACAUGUCAGCAGCAGAGCAAACUGAACAACGGGCUCAGAAGUUUCGUUUCAUUUAUUUAGAUCUCCAUAAGCUUUGGCUAAGGCCAUUGCUAUUCUUCCUGGAGUCUACAUGUACAGUUAGUUCUCCACUGCAGUGCACAGUCACAAAAAAACAUCACGCCACAAACACAAAGACAACGUCAAUAACUACAGCGACUCACAACAGCCUACAAGACAAGAACAAAACAACAAAACUAGAACAAUACAAACAACAUUCACAUAUUACUGGACCUUAUACAUUUCCACAGUGUAGCUAUAGUUAAAAUGUUCAAAUGUUCAAAUAUCAACUUACAUUCUACAUAAUUGAAUUAAUUUAUUGAAACAGUACCCAAUACAUAAGCAGACUUCUGAGAUUUCAAGUAGAUCAGACAAACACUGAUUGAUUGUACAGUGUUUGCCUCAUCUAAAUAAGAAGAUGUUUGACUGGUAAAUGUUCUUUAACUAGAUCCUUAUAGACUCCUGAUCAGGCCACAGUGGCAACACCUGUGGUUAAUUGCUGCAGCCUGAGCAGGUGUGUCUGCUGCUCCUCAGUGGAGUCAGAGCAGACAUGAGGGAUUCUAACACUGUGUGCAGGAGUUUAAUGAAGAGUUUUUCUCUGUGAUUGUCCACCACUUUUUACUUUUACUCAAAGUCUAAUUAAAAAAAAAAAAACAGCUUGCAAAUAUCCUAUGUGUAGAAGUCUGAGGCAGACAAAACAGUGCAAAGACAACACAUCAAAAGUAAAACCUUAAAUCUUUAUUGUGUCCUGACAAAUGUUUAGUUUAAAAAAGCUUGGAAAAGGACAAUUAAAUACUAAAAAGUUAUAUAAGCCUAAAAAAAUGAGUUCAAAAGCUAAAUAAGGUUAAUUUGCGGCAUGACUCUGUAGUGGAAUUCACUGCAUGGGUUUAAAAUCGCCUCCAAAAAUGACUGUCCAGUGUCUACAAAUUUAGGAUAUAACUACACCAUGCACAGAGGAAACCAUGUACAGACAUCAUCCAGAAAUGCCACAGCUACUCUGGACUCAAGGCUAUUUAGGAUGGACUGAGGCAAAGCGGAAAACUGCUCUGUGGUUCGACAAAUCAAAAUGGCCAUCACUGUGUGGAAAUCGUUAAUGCCACAUUCUCUGCUCUUGCGACUGGGGAGACCACCAAUAUCAAUAAAUACGUCAGACUCCAGUUCUUACAAGGAACUGUAGUAAACGUCAUGUAGGUCAGCAGCCUGGACACGGCCUUCUCGUUAAACCUGUCUUUUUUUUUCUAUCCCUCUCUCCCCCCAGCUCCAUGCUGUCCCCCCUGUGCCAGGACCAUGGGGGCUCGGCGGUGUGGCCCCCGACCUCCUCCUGCUCCUCCUCCUCUCAGGGCCUCCACCGGCCGUUGCGCUGCAGACCUCCCCCGAUCAGCGGGAGCAGCGUUGGCCCCAACCCCACCUACUACCACACCGUGUAUGAUGUCCGGGUGGAGCACUACAGCGACAUGCCCUUUCUCAAUGGUGGUAGUGGGUACGGGAUCCACUCCAGGCCGGGGUCCAUGGUGACCAGUCACUCUGACCCCACAGUCCCGCUGAUCCGGAGGAGAGGGGGAUUGGUGGACUACCGUGAUGUCAUCCUGGCUCACCAGGCGCACAAGAAGCACAACACACCACAGGCCAAGAGGAAGCAGUGGGAGUGAGUACAUUUCAUUUUCUGCACCUACGCAGAUGUAAUAUCAUAAUUGCUGAAGUUGCUGCUGCUGCUGCUGGAAAUGAGAGCUAGGAGACUGGAUCAAAACAGUAAAUAUCAAAGAGUUUCAGAGCUGGGUGAUCGUCCUUAAUGUGUUUUUACUUUAUGGCUCAUUUUCAGCAUUAUCUGAACUAAUUCUAAUUUCUGUCACUAUCUGUCUCUUUAUCCACAUACUGAUAAAACAUGAAGCUUGAGGACCUGAGAGUGGAAAACUUAUCAUAUAUCAGUCAAUACAUUUACACGCACACUUGAUUCAACUUAUGAUAAUAGCUUCAUUAAGCAAUUGAACUGGACUACUGUCCUUGUUCCAGUUUACAAGCACUGGGUAAGAAUCGAAUUAUUGACAGAAGCAUGUCCACCUCCACUUCAGUUGGUGUCCCCUUUUCAGGUCAUUUAUUGUGUUGUCUCCCAGCCGGCCUAUUUUGAACCAAAACAAUCGACAAAACAGGUUAGCAAGAUGCUAAAGGGAUGAAUGUCAAACGAUGAAAACACUGUCACUUUUACAGCUCUGUACAGUUUAUUUGGAGAGUUUUGACUUCUUUAUAUCCUCUCCCUGUCUGUGAAGGUUUUGUUUUCUACUUGGCUUCCUCGCAAUGCAUCCAUGCUAUUCAAAGUCUGGUGUGCAAACAUUAGCAUGCUCAGAACGCUUAGGGCAGUUUCAGUCCAAUUGAGCUGUAUACUGUACAUGCAAGAGAUCUCCAACCACAUUAUUCAAUUAUGUCAGUCUAAGUAUGAGAAGUUUGAUGAAGUCCUGUCCAGACAUGUAAAUGUGAAAAAUCAUUAUCGCCAGACAGAUUACUUUAUGUUUUUAAGUUGCAGUCUUGAUGUCCUCAACCUCCGCUUUUCUGAUUAAGUUGAUUUAUUCCUCUUUGUUUGGACAGCAUCAGAAAAAGCUUGUCUGAUAAAAGUGAAUAUCUUUAUUAACACGUAGCAUAAAUUAAGUUGUUCUGGCAAAAAGAACAAAGGUGGCAACCCCUUUAAACACGGUUAAAGUCAAACUAGAUUUGAAUACGAUGUGCAGACCAAUUGGUAUCAGCUAAUCAGCUUGUGUCAGAACAUCAGGGAGUAUUUUACCCCCAUCCCUCCCUCCUGUUGUUUCUCAUGGGGACUUCAUCCAUUAUCCUGCACACCUCAUAUCUCACAUGUCCAAACUCCUUCAGCUUAUCAAUUUCCUCUCUGGUACACGGCUCUGUGCAGGUUACCUAGGGACAGAGGAGGAGCCAUAAAACAUGAUUACUAUUCUUCAACACUAAUUACCUUAAUAAUAUCUGGGAUCUAAGAGCCCUAACAAGGUCCCAGUUCACCCUAAACAUAAUUAUCAAAUACAGGGUGGAGACUGAGACCCUGAAGGAAAAGACUUGGGAUUAGAAGAGCUGCAGAGAUGAGUCAUGUGAGGUUGUCCAUGGCAAGAACAGAAAAUCCCAGACAUUUAACACAUAGAGACUUUAAACUGGCUGCAAAACUAUAUCAAACAAAGAUGGAUAAUAACAUAAAUCAAAAUAUAAGUAUAAUUCCUCUGAAAAAGUGCAUUGAAUAAGUCUACCACGGAAUAAUUUCUUUUGUUUCCAGGAUAUUUCUCUUAAGCACAAUAUUGCUUUCCUCUGUGAAUACCAAGAUAUGAAUCUUAAUAUGCUGAUGAUGUUAUUAGCUAUGCAUGAAACAUUUAAGAAUAGCAUUUUUUUGCACGUUGAUUAGCUUAUGCAAAGACAAAUGUACCUCUUUCAGCCUGGGGUUAGGGAUAUCUAAUGACUAGAUACUGUAACUUGUUUAUGAUACAUUGACGAACAGCUUCUUCUUGACUUACUUGCAGAUACUUUUGCUUAUUUAAGUAAUACUUCCCUAUUUGGUUUUUUUUGUUUUUUGCUGUUACUGAGAGUUGACUUUUUACAGUGUAGUUCAGAAAACAGAGCUUAGCUUUCAGAGCUCACAGCAGAUGGCGGUUUGAAUUGGCAGCUGUACGAUUCAUUAUCAGAUCAAUACCCCGUGUCCAAAUAGAGCUGGAGCAUUUACUCCAAAGCAUUUCAAACACUUGAGAAAACCCUUAGCUUUGUGUCUUCAUUGACUAUACGUCUCCUGAAGAAGUCUGAGGAGAACAGGGUUUUCUUUACUAACACAAGCUGCUUCUGUAGUCCUGAUCAUCAUUCAGAGACACCGCUGCCAGCAAAGAGAGGAAGGUCUUACAGCAGCAGAUGACUAUUGAAAACUCAUCUAUCCAGUAACUAUGAAGAAGUGCAGUUCACUGUGACACUGUGACUACUCAGAAUCUCAUUUUAUGAGGUUAACAAGAAAAAAAAAAGCAGUGCUGCUCCUCUAAACAGAGCACAAAAUCACUUUCAUUCAUCAUAGAGAUGCAGCCAUGACAACACGUAUAAACGACAACAUUUUAACAGUAUUUGACAUGAUUCAUGAAGCUACAUCCAACACUUUAACAACAAAAGCAGCAUUUUUGGUUACCUUACCUGCUUUGUUAGCGAGUGACUUACUAUCACUGCGGUAGUAACUGAAAACAACAAAUUCAGGGUGCUAACACUUCACUUGCAAUCACUGUCCUGCAUGCUGAUGAUGUUUGCCACCUUUUUGGUUCAUGCUGAGGAAAACUAAGGCAUCAAUGUCAGAGGGAUGGAAGCUUUACUGCUGUCGAGUGGUGUUUUUUUGCACCAGGGAAGCCUCAGUCAUUUUUGAAGUAACCCGACCUUUACGAAUACGGAUGUUUGUCAGGAGCUCAGCACCCUCCCUAGCUGUAUCUACAACAUUUUUUCUAGUGCAUGCAGUGCUGACUGAUGGUUAAGGUAUUGGAAGGUACAUUAUACAGAAAUUCAAGCUGCAAUGAUGCAUUAUAAGUAUAAUCCUCCUUUUGUCAAGUUUUUACAACCAACUUUGUCUUCCAGCUGGUGCAAUUAGCAGCCAUUAAACACGAAAAUACAUGUGACACUUUUAGAGUGACCAUACGUCCUCUUUUACCCAGACAUGUCUUCUUUUUGGGGGGGCUGUCCGGGCUGUCCAGCCUUGUCUGGGGAAGUUUUUAAAAUCCUUUAAAUGUCUGCAUUUUUGUACGGAAGUUUCAAGUUUGUGUCACGUGGACUUACAGAGUUAGAAGCACAUAAAAGACACUCAAUCCAACCCGAAAAACUCUCAAAAUUAAAUUUGUGCUACUCCGUGACUCUGCCCCUGCGUAGUUAUGUCCUCUUUUUGGGAAGUCAGAAUAUGGUAAUAUGACACUUUGUGCUCCAUGUACCAUGGUAGAAACUGGGCUGUUCAAGAUGGCAGCUACUGGUGGUAAAUGAAAAGAGCUCAUUCUAAGCCGACAAAAACAAAAUGCUUUUUAUAUCCAGGUGAUUUUGCACUAAUUAAUUACCCCAUUACUUCAUUUCUUAAAAUUUGUUUCUGAUAAACGCUGUUGAUAAUCAAACACUGCACUUUAAAGCCAAGAGAUGCAGCUUUAGCUAGCUUCAUAAUUACAGAAACAUCAGUAUACCAGGAAUAUUUUACAGAAAAGGACCAGUAUAAGGACCAUAAUGAAUUGAAACAACAUUAAACUAAGAUUAUAAAAUGGUUUUCAUAAUCCAUAAAUCUCAGUUAAGAAAAAAAAUGCUUGUAUUUAUACAUUUCUUCAGUGGCUUGGCAACCAUCAUGCCAAUGACUCACAAGGCUUUACGGGGAUUUCAGGAGGGUGCCUCAGACAGAGCUCUUUAUCAAGAACCAUUUUGCAACCCAACAGGAAUACUCUCUUUUAUAUGUUAACAUACAAAAUGUGGCAAAAACGUUUGAAAUCUUGCACAACACCAAAAUUUCCUCAUCUGUGUUUGAAGUGACUUGCAGAUAUUAGCAUUAUAUUCUUUGAAUGGACCACUAUAGUUGUUUUAUUGUUUCUUUGACUAACAUUUGACAUUAAUAGUGCCACAGUGCAGCUAUUAGAGGCUUUAAGCCAAUUGUCACCAUGGUAACAUGAGAAUAUGACUCACAGUUGACGUGUCGGCUGUGAUCAUUGGCAUUAGAUGAUUUGCAUGACAAAGUAGCCAGAGAGGAUGUGAUUUAAAAAGCGACGUGAUCUUAAAGUUUUAUUGAGAAGAAAAAGUUUCACUGUAUUGCUGAGCUGAAUUUUGAUAUUUUUUAAAGGAAAAAUGGGGCCAGCCCAACAGGACAGGUGCAACAGUGAAAUAAAAGCAAAAGCCUGGAGCUGGUUAUUCGGGCUGCUCUGAAGGUUGACUCAGAGUGAAUUGCUGUAUUUAUUUGCAUGCUAUGAACUCUUUGCUCCAUCAGAUUCUGCCAGUCCUCAGGGUAAGACUCCAGGUUUUUUACCGAAGCAUUGAAGAAGGGUUUUACUGAGUCACUGCUAGAGACCCUGACCUCCGCUGGUCCACUGGGUCAGGGACUGUAGUCACGACAGAAUGCUUCACUUUGAGGUUUACAUGUGAGAUUUUUGCCGAUGGAGCAGGGACUAUUAAAAGGUGAAAUAUUUUUCUUCAAAUCUUGGCCAUGUUUUUCGAUAUAAUGGGCUCUUAUUGGCUAAUAGACUUCAAACAAUUUGUCCAGUUUACUGUCUGAGGUGACAAAACUGCCUGGAGUGGCUACAACAAGUCCUUUAAAACAAAUGGUUUGAACACAUUUAAAUCCUUUCAUUGUUUUUCUCUAUUCGAGUGCUUUUAAGUCCGUUUUGUCUUUAAAAUGAUUACCUCUCAAUCUCUGCAAUUUCUCAAGUGAAGCAUCUUAGAAACAUGAGAAAACUUGGACCUCUUGGCUGACCUCCCAUUGCACCUUCAUCCAAGGGGUUGUAAAUAUCCCACUUUGAAAUGGCAUGUAAGCACUUAAUGCUAUUGCUUUGAUUUUAUUCCAGUCAGUAGGAUCUCUGAAGUCUAACCGACAGAGAGUAUUUGGAAAAAGUUUGUGGUUGAAUCUCAUGCAGUGUUGAAAUAAAUGAAAAUAAUAGUCUUGGAACUAGCGAGGUUUCAGCCUGACGAGUUUCACAUGUACAGGGGCUGACCUUCACAGAGCUGCUUUUGUGGGUAUUUUCUCAAGACGCAUCACUUCAUGGUCCGUGCAUGGAUCACUUAAAUGUUCAUCAACAGUUAUACAGUAAAAUUUAUGAACCUUUGCAUCAAAGCCUGUCUCUGUAGAGACCCUUUUUGUGAUGCCACAAGGAUAUUUUAGUUGCUGUAACCUGCUUGGACGCCUUUGCCCAAAGUGAUUGUUUGUUAGUUGUUGCUGCUCUUAUUACUGCUGUCAUAAAUCUACUGGAGUAAUUUGAAAAUUUACGUUCUUAUUAGUAUUUGGACAACAAAUAUCCCACCCAGCAAAAAGUGGUUGAAAAGACGUCUUCACCAUACGUCUAAACGUCUGGAUUCGGACCGUCUAAAUGAAGCCCAGUUUUCAACGUCUUUUUUGGGCUGAAUAACGGCAAUGAUGGGCUGAUGUGAUGUAGCCUGAAAAAAGACGUCUAAAUGACGUUGGGUGUUUGGUGGGAUGUAUUCAUAAAAGUCCGACAAACGUUUGAAUUCUCUAUCAGAGCACCACCAAGGAGAUGAUGCUGCUUUGUUGCUACUGUAGGUGCUUUAGUGGUGAAAUGAGCUCUUUGCACAGUGACGUUAGACUGCGUCAUGGAAGUUUGAAAGCCUGCAGGUAUUUUGUUGCAAUCAAAACUCUACAGCAGCUGAUUUGAGCUACAUGCACACCUUCACACAGAGAGGUGGAAGUAAUCAGAGAGAGGAAAGUGGGUUCAGCAGCAGAGAGAGCGACGCAUACGGCUCACUCUGUGGCUGCUGUGGACGUUACCUGAGCUGAUUCUCUCUCCAGCCCCGACGAAACAUGACCAAAGUGACGUGUCCUUGGGCCCGCCGAGUCCUGAGCUUUGUAACCGAGGCAGUGUUGGAAGUGGCAGGCAUUAUACUGCUUUGUUUUAUUUUGACAGAGAAACAGGCAGAAAGAGUGGCAGGCAGGCAGACAGCUGCUGACCCAGCUUCAGAUCAGACCAGGUGUGUCAGAGAAACCCGCGGGAGGGAGGCUGAUUUUUAUUUGACAUGACAGGUUAAAACCCCACUUACCCCGUCAGGCUGCAGAUCCGAAGAGGAAGAGGUCGCUGAUAGGUUAGAUACACUUUUAUUACCACUGGUCCUGUGUGUAUGUGUGUAUUACUCCUCUUUCAGUGCCCCUCCAGGUUUUCCACACUGACCAGUUGAUCACUCACUAACAGGACAAACAAACUCUGCUGAUACCUGCUACAGCCUGUCUGCUCUCUCCUCUGUACAACCUCUGCAGCCUCACCCGAUCUGUUGUCCAGGUCAGUUCCACAAACCAUCAAAACAUCCUUCACCCAGUUGUCAGAGGCUAUCAUUUACUGACUAACAAUAACAUAAUCAGGUCCAGGUCAUGUUUCUUUAACCUUUAGUUCAGUAGAUUUAACCUCUUUGCUGCCAGCAGCUCUUUGUUACUUUAGAUGUUCCUCCAGACUUUGACUUUGGUAAAGGUCACAGUAAGCUGAGACAGUCUGUGGUUUUGGAAACAUGAGGCAAAGACGGGGUCAGAGGGGAGAGUUGACCUCUACAUGAGUUCACCUGCUGAGCAUUUGAGGGUAUGAAAGAAAGGAUUUAUUCUGUUUAGUGAUAAUUAACCUGGAUGAGACACCUAACAAAUGCAUGCAUUCUGGUGUUUUUCAAAAUAAAAGCGCAGAUCUCUUUGACGUUGUUGGAAUGAGGCAGACUCCAUUAAAGCUCUGACAUUAAAAAUUUACAAAGCCUCCAGCAAGGAGAUAAAGUCAGAGGUGAUGGUUUAAUGUAUUCAUUAAUUAAUGUGAGAAAUCGCUCACCUUCACAUCGCAGGGAUUUUGGACAUGAUUCAAACAUCAGCAGCAGAAACUUUCAGAAUCUUUAAAAUAUUUAUUUGAUUUAUGUUUUUGGUUUGUAAAGUAAGUCUAAACCUCUUCCUGGAUCAUAAGAAUCCAGGUGUCUUUCACUGUGGUUUUGUACCUGUUCUCAACCACACACUGUAUAUAGAGUGGACAGCGUCUGCUUUCGCACUGGGUGAAGUCACUCUGAGAACAGCACCCUCUGGUGACAGGCUGCAGUAUAGGUAAUAAAUCCCGCCUCUGCCAACCAUCAUUAUGGGGCUGUGGACAAACUUUAGAAAUCCUUUUUUUUUUUGUGCAGCUCCAUUUUUAUUAUAUAUAUAUAUAUAAAGUUAUUAAGGGUUCAUAUUUUCUAUGAUUGACACUUGAUACAGCCCAUGGGCGUACGAAGAUUGCGUAGCUUACCCGGGGAUACGCUGUUUGAGCCGAGCGUCAUCACAGCCACUCUUGGCAACUCUCCCGCCGAAUGCAUACAAUGCUACUGCGCAAGAGGUGGAGUGCAUUCAACGCUACUGUGCAAUGUUGGUUUCAGGAAGUGGAGAAAAAACGCGGAAUUACCAAGAGCUUUUCGGCUUGAAAUCCAUACAUUGGCAGAAGGCAGAACCAAGCUGUCCAUAGUAUAUACAGUCUAUGGGCUCAACCAAAAACUGACUGCACUUUCCUCUCCAUCUUCCUCCUCCUCCUCCCCCCCCUGUGUCUUCUUUUUCUACCCACAAAUCACUGAGUGCUUCUGCGUGUCUUUAUGUGCAUUUUAGACACAUACCAAUCAUUAUGUAAUAUUUUUAACAGUUCGGUGUGCCUGUUUGUUCAAAAUAUUCAUACAUAUUGUGACAUAUUGUGUAGGUUCAGAUGUAAAAAAAACGCUUUCAGUCGCGGACACCCCAAAAUAUAAUGAAAUGGAGCUCAGCUGCCCUUCUUCCUCCAGCAGUCCAGUCUUUUUACACCCUUCAGUGCUUCUACAGGAACUUUUAUAUAAACUUUUUCUCUCAUCCCAUCAUAUUAUAAUUUUAUAUUUAUAACAAAAUCACCUCACAGAGACACUUUCUCUCUGUUUGGAUAGCGUGAAAAGCCCCAAAGAUCCCAGAUUUACACCCUAGCAUUCACUCAGACCUCCUCCAUCAUGAAAAUGUCUGAUUCGCUGGAGUUUCCCUGUCGCCUCUGACCUUCAUCCAGCCUUAGAUUACGACACGUUUCCUCUGAGAUGUAUUUGACAAACCUUGAAAGUGCGGGAUGAUCUGUCGACAGCUCUGUGUGAGUGUCACAUAUUUAAACACAGGAGGGGAAAGUCAAACGUCCCUCAUGCUGUCUCUCUCUGUCUCUCUGUGUCUCUGUCUCUCUGCUGGCUUGAAUUAGUGCCAACAUCACUCAGUUUGUUUUGCUGGCUCGGCGACGUCACUCUGCUGCCAGCUGCACUUCUGACUGGAAAGUGCACAUCAGUCAUUUUAAUAUUCAUACUCCGUUUCUCUCUCCUUCCUCCUCUCCUCAUUCAGCCAUCAGUCCUUUCCUCCCUCUGUUUCUUUCUUUAAUGAUCUUCCCUUUUACCGUGUAUUUGUCCCUCAUUUGUCCUUUCCUCUUUAACUCUGUUCUUUCAGCCAGUUUGUUCUAAUAAGUGAUUCGUUCUAUUAAGUGUUCUAAUAAGUUAACUUUCUUUUUACUCUUCAUAGUUUGGCUGUAUUAUACUAGGUAGGUAAAAGUUAAAGCUACAACACACUUACCUGUCAUCUAGCCUCGUAACUAGGAGUGACUAGGAGUGUUCUGAUACAACUUUUUACUUCCGAUACCAAUAUUGUAGCCCUCAGUGUUGGCCAAUACCGAUAUUGAGCUGAUACUGGCACAAAAUUUUGCAUGACAAGUUUUGCACUCAGCUGCAACGUCUUUUUCGAAAUUAGAAUCAGACCAAAAAUACUGCCAGCUAACAUCACUCUUACUCCUUGCUACUUUGUUAGCACCUUCUUACACACUGUUGUUGUGAUUACUUAGGCUCUACAUGCUGGAUCUGGGCACCGCUAUGUAGAGGUACCGGAGCGGAGCCUGGAAUGGACUGCUUGUAUCGGAGUGCUGAUAUCGGAGAUGUUGGAUGCAGGCCGAUAUGACCCUUUUUUUUUUUUUUUUUUGCUGAUAUCAGACCAUAGACUGUAUAUACUAUGGACAACUUGUUUCCGCCUACCGCCUGUAUGUGGAUUUGAAGCCAAAAAGCUCUCUGUAUUUCCAGGAUUUUUCUUCAUUUCCUAAAACCAGCGCUGCGCAGUAGCGACUGCGUGGUCGCCAAGAGUCACUGUGAUGAUGCUCGGCUCAAACAGUGUAUGGGAGAGCUACACAAUCCCUGAAUGCCCAUAGGCUGUAUCAGGUGUCAAUCAUAGAAAACAUGAACCCCCUAAUAACUUUUAAAAAUGGAGCUUCACAGAAAACAGAGGACUUGAGCACAAACCAGUCUGACAGUAACUACAUGUCAACAUCACAAGCAGGGGGGAGAAAACUUAAUGUUCUGUGUAAUAAAUUUCUAAAGUUUGUCCACAGCUCCAUAAGAUUUGCUGGCAGAGGUGGGAUUUAUGACCUUUACUGCAGCCCAUCAACAGAGGGCACUGUUCUCCGAGUGGCUUCACCCAGCAAGGAGGCAGACUUUGUCCAUUCUUUAUACAGUCUAUGUAUCAGACUGAUAACUAAUAUCAAUAUCGGAUCGGGACAUCCUGACCAAUAACUAAAAAUCUCUCUGUGCAGUGUGCCAAAUCAAAAACGGAGUUAUUGUAGACAUGUUUAAGUCUGCUGUAAAGUUUGGCAUUUUAACAUGGAGCCUCAUGGGGAUUCCUAAUGUUUGCAGACAGCCUCAAGUGGACAUUUGAGGAGCUGCAUCCUUUACUUCAUUUUUAGGAGUUUCUGCUUGAUGCCUGUUUGCUUCACUUGUCAAAUCACAAAACUCUACCAACAAAGACUCUGUUAUCUGUAGACUUAACACUCUCAUGGUCAAACCUCAUGUGUUUUUUUUUUUUUUUUGUACCGUUGUGUUACUGAGUAACAAAACAAGUUGCCGGCUCUCAUUUGCAUCUCUCCAGCUCCCAGAGAGCCGACCUAUGCCACCCCCUCAAAGCAUGUUUGACCUCCUCCCCUCUGGCGGCACAUGCAGACGAAUCUGCAAAUAAGAUUUUGGAGGAUUUCUGUGCACUUUGCAAAAUCGACCCCAAUACUUUAAAAAGACUUUUGAUGCUUAACAUCGCCGCCUUUGUUAAAUUAUCACUUAGAGGAAAAAAUGACAAAAAGUCUUGUACAUGAGUUGCUCCAAAAUGUUGACACAAAGCGCCUCCCCUCAAAAUCAAACACUUUGGAGUGAGUUCAAAAACACAUCUUUAUUUUCUCCUUUAAUUUAAACAGGAAUGCAACUUUUACACACAGAUGCCCUCCUGCUCUCCUGAGUCCUUGUCCCUUCUGGUUUUAGUCCCACCGUCCUCAACAGCCUCAAACCGGAGUUUAUAUGCUUCAAUGUAGCAGUGUUGCACAAUUUUGAAUAAAAGAGAAUACACUCAUUAAACAGAAUUACUUUGUGAUUUAUUGUUGUACCAAAGUAGUCAACAUGUUCAUAUAUAUAUAUAUAUAUAUAAAGGAAGUUGGUUCUAAACAGUCGAACAAUCAAAAAGGGAUUUUAUAAUCAUCCUUGACCAUGACUUGCCUGACUUCAUUCAACUUUUUACAGCUGACCUUCACCCCUCACACACACACACACACACACGCGCACACACACACACGCUUACACCACUCUGUAGUCAGCUUGAUGAAAGUCUCUGUGACUGACAGCCACAUUGACUGACACACACGUUCAAAUACACACUCUUUCAGGAGUACAGUUAGGCCUCAGUGUACCAGACGUCUGUGUGUGAAUAUGCUGCCCUCCAGUGUUCACCCUGAUAAGUGGCCUUGUUAUCUUUAAUGGGCUUUAUUUUAUGAGCACAAGGGAAUAAAUCAAAACUCUCCAUCCCCUCCUCUAUCUGUGUGUGUGGGUGUGGUUUUCUAACAGCAAGGUUAAACAGGAGCGAAUGCGUCAUGCUAACAGACGCUGUGACGCAGGACAGCUCCAUGCUGGGACACGCACAAGCACACACACGCAUAGACACACUCACAUACGCAAGCACACUGGACAUGAUUUAACGAUAAGGCCAGUUUCAAGGCUUUGGAAAUUCGUCACAGGAAAUCGUCUGGAUGUCAUAAAUGAGAUGCUGAGGUUGGGACUCGGUUUGAAGUCGCUCAGAGUCAGCAGAACGAGAACAAAAAAGGAAAAACUCUCAUUAUUUAGGCUUGGAAAUGUUAUAUGAAGACGCUCAGUUGCAUUUCAGGACUGACCUUGGCUCAAAUCAAACCUCCUUACUCACAAACUUCAGGAGUUUGAAGGAUCACAUCGCAUCCCAUCUUCAACGGCAGAAUUUAGGAAGUUACAGUGGAGAGGAGAAACUUCCUUUAAAGGGAUAUUCCAAAAAUUAAGUUAGGGUCAAACACACUGUGGCACCGAGUUAGACACCCCUGAAUGUUGCCGACUGCUUGCUUCUCUAGUUAGACCAACUUUAGUAAUUACCACACGAUAGCAAUACACAGCGAUCCCAGGAGCCACGCACUCAACCAAAAAGCCACUCUAUAGCCACAAAAAAAUGCUCAGAACAGCACCUAACUUCAUCAACAGUACAUAUAGGGUCCCAGUCAUAGCACUAGCCACCGAACAUCUUUUUUAACUUUGCCUGAUUUCUUUAGCUAAGAGACUAAAAACAACUCACCUACUCUCUUCCAGCAGCCACUUGUUUGUACGGAGACCUCAGACGAGUCCAUUACUGCAGCGGGGUGAUGCAGCUCAAGGAAGAACAAUUAUGAUCAUUUCUUUAUCAUUUCCCUGAAGUAAUAAUCAUCAUAUUAAUCAUUUUGUACUGCAGACGCAGUAGUUCUUCUGCCUUAUUGUCUCGGUCUGAUUGCAUUUCCAUGAAUAAAUGAUCAUAAAUGUUCCUUCUUGAGCUGCGUCGCCCCGCUGCAGUAAUGGACUCGUCUGAGGUCUCAAGCGGCUGCUGGAAGAGAGUUGGUGAGUUUUCUUUGCUAAAGAAAUCAGGUAAAGCUAAAAAGAUGUUUGGUGGCUAGUGCUAUGUCUGGGACCCUAUAUGUACUGUUGAUGAAAUUAGGUGCUGUUCUGAGCAUAAUUUGUGGCUCUAGAGUGGCGUUUUGGUUGAGCAUGUGGCUACUGGGACCGCUGUGUAUCGUUAUCGUGCGGUCAUUACUAAAGUUGAUAUAACUAGAGAAGCAAGUGGUUGGCAUCUUUCAUCUCUUGACGGGGUGUUUGACCCUAAAUUAAUUUUAUUCCAGAAUAUCCCUUUAACAGGCAGAAACCUCAAGCAGAACCAGACUCAUUUGAGCCAGUCUUCUGCUGUUACUGCACUGGGUCUAGAGAGGGGAUAGAGGGAGAUCCAGAAAGAAAGAGAUGGAUAGAGGUGAGACUGAUUGAUGCAUGCAGUUGAAGCAGCUAGAAACUUGGCAGGUCUUAGAUAUAAAACACAUUGAUGAAAAAUGCAGAAUUCCACACCAUAUGCAGACUUUUUCCACUUCCACACCAGUAACCAUUUACUCCAGAAGUCACAGGUAUUAUAACAGACUUAAAGUGACCAGCAUUUAAAGGAGAGAAGGAUCAGAAAGGAGAGUGUGGGGUUCAGGUGCAUAAAAGCAGAGUCAUAAAUGUUACAGAUUAAUUGAUGUGGAGGAAGCUUUGUGCUUAGAGGACUGAAGCUGAGAAAACUUAAAAUCAUGAAUAGCUGCAGUACAGCUUAUGACCAGCAGAUGUCAGCAGACACAAACUUAAUCAGGAUCUGCUCUAGAAGAUAUUAAACGGUAUUACUGCAUCACCUGAAUUUGCUUUUCAGACACUAGUUUGACAUUGAUUUUCACUUUAAUAUGAUGCAUAUUAAAAUAAUAAUGUUAAUGCACUUCUUCUCUCCUUCACUAAUACGAUUAUCUGAAUUUCUGCUCAGACAUUGGUGAAGACACCUCCAAUAACCCCUCUAUUAAUAUGUCAUAAUUAUCCAUUAUAUCAUAUGUUAAUCACUGAAUAGAUGAAGUGAACACAAACAGAUAAGACCCCUGACUGUGAGUGAAGAUGAGUCUAAAAGGAGCAGAAAUUAGUAAGUGAAAAUCAAACUGGCCUGCAGUACCUGAUGUUACCACAGAGUGUCAGCAGAGGACCGCUAGGAUGACGACGCUGUUACAAAACACAAUCGCUUAAACAGCUCCACCUCUCAGCAUCUAUCUAUCACCUUAAAUAAAUGAGUUUCAUGUGUUUUAUUACAUUAAGUUACUUUUUAAGGCCAAAUUGAUAAGAAAGGCACAGGUCAACAAAAACAAGAGCAUGAAAAUAAAAGUGCAAGAUGAUGAAAUGUCACAAUCGAAUCCAUCAGUGUACUUUAUGUAACAAUGUCAGUUUACGUACAUUCAGCACCACUAAAGCUAAAAAUGUGUUGAGUCAGAUUUCUGUAGACUUCAGCUGUUUCUGUUAAAAUGUUAAAGCAGUUUAUAUAUCCCUCAAUAUUUCAUAAUAAGUGCAUUAGUUUAAAUCUGAAAUGUUGUAAAGUCAUUGAUAUUUGUACAGUAUCACCAUCAGUUCACAGUGUAAUCACAUUGAGGUUUUGUUAUAAUGGGGGAGGUUUCUGUGUGUAAGAGUAUAAAUGUGCAGGAGAGACAGUAAAGCAGAACACGCCUGACUGCUCAGCAACUUUCCUCUUUUUCCCUGAUAAAUAGACAGUUUAGAAAUCAUUGAUUCGUCCUUUAUUUUAAUGAGGAGAAAUCUGCAGGGAUGGAGUCUGUUCCCUCUGAGGACUGAAGUGUGCACGAGGCAGCACUUUAAACAAAUACUCGUCUACUAAAGCACGCAGAGGGAAAUGCAUGUACUUCAUGCAUUAAUGCACACUGUCUUACUGUAGAGAAGCUGUUAACUCAUUAUUUUCCACAUCUGUCUGCUUGAAGCUCUGAUCAAACGCUGACAGAUCAUGAGACAAGGUAAAAAUAGACUCAGUCUUUGUUCAAGUAGAAGUGCUUAAACUUCAGGAAAUUGUCCCAAUUACAGCAAAAGCACAAGUCCUGGUUGGAUUUGAUGACUCAGGGCUCUGAAAUGUUCAAAAGUUUGAAAUAAAUCUUCGUUUCUAAUUUCAGAUGUGAAUAUUUUCUAUAUUUCAGAUGAAAUGUUGAACAUAUUCUUAUAGUAAAUACAAACUUUGCCUUCCUAGUUCCUUUUCUCAAGGCAUUUUGUCGACUUUCUUCAUGUUGUUUUCAUCCUUUAAUUUCUGUUUUACAUGAUAUGGGCUAAUGAGAGUUCAGAUAAGAGUGUUUGAGAGUGGCUAAUGUUAGCAGAGAUAAAACUAGCCUUUGUUCCUUUUUUCAGGUAAACAUCCUCCCCCCUCUGCUGGGUAUGGAUUACAAUGGUGAAGUGUCAUAUUAAAGUCUAACCAGACGGGACCUAUCACCAUUUUCUGUAGAUAGGUUAUCAAAGCUUGUUGUCUAAUGACACGCCAUCUGUAUUCUGUACUUGAUUGCAUCCAACAGUAGCUAUAAACUCAUCAUAGCAUGAAAAUAAAGUCAUCGGAUAAUAAAGCCGUAAUGUUACAAGAAUGUACUGUAGUCAUAGUACCAUGAGAAUAAAGUCAGAGGAAAGUCAAAUUAUCUGGAGAAUAAAGUUGUAUAAAGUUGAAAGACUGGAAGAGUAAAGUCGUAAGAAAAUAAAAGUCAUUACUGUUAUAAAGUCAUAGUUAAGUCUUUCCAAUAGGACAAGUCAUGACUUUACAAGGGUAGUAAUUUUUUGAUAUAUGAGUCAAUUAAGUAACUCUUAUGCAGAAAAUUGUGAUAAGUUCUUAAUCUUAAAAAUUUUAAUAUUAAAAAUAAAGGCCAUUAUGUUAUCAUAAUAAAGUUGUGAUUGUUCUUGUAACACUAUGUAUUGACCGGUGUCGAGUAAUAUUAAAACUCUUUUGUGAAUUCCUAAUUUUCUUUCAAGACUAUUUUAAGAGACUUCUUUUUCUUACUGGAGAAAAAAACAGUUGAAUUCAAUACUGAUGCCCUGAUGUGACCGGCAAAGCAAACAAGACAAUCAGCAACAAGAAUGAAUAUUCAUGUCAUCAUAAGAGAGAUGGCUGCUAGAGAGGAGGAUUUAGACAAAGUGAUGAAAAACAGCACACUGCUGAAAUAUCACUUUGCCAAGAAUCACGGCAUCAAUUAAAACAUUUGACUGUUAAAAUAAUUCAGGAGAAGGUUUUUAAUCAAAAAUCAAAACUUUUACAUGUACAAGACAAAACCAGCCAAGAGGUUAGAGGACCUACUUUGUCCAUAGAGAACAGCAAAAUCAGUGUUGACCUAUAGUCCCACAUUGUAGCUUUCAAUACCCUAGUAAAGUAUGCAAUCUUUCUUCAAACCCUACAUGAGCACAGAACCAGCAUGUUUAACACUUUUUAUUCAUGUAUGGGGGCUGUGCAUCUAACAUGUGCUCUGAUACGGAGGAUCCUGGUGGUAGAACAGCAGGGGUUGGAGAGGAGGGGGUAUUUACAUGCUUGCCUUGGCAUUUAGUUCAGAACGUUUUGCCAGAUUUGCAUUUUAAGCUUCCUAAUAUCCUCUUUUCUGAGGGUUUAGAUGUUAAAGUACCCCAAAGAUUAAAGAGCAGCUCAUAAAUAUGAGAGGUGUUUAUUUUUUAUCAUCCUGUGAAAAAGCUUUCCUUCAUUUAAAGGGUACUUUAGGAGUUACUUUGUGAGCCCCUCUUGGAGUCGGAGAUGAUCACUGCAGAAGCUGGGUGCAGUUUUUCGUUGUGUCAGCUCGGUAGGCGGCUGUAGAAGUGGCCAACACAGUCAGCCUCUCAAUUAGCUAAUAGUCUUAGUCACAGUUAUCUAUCCUGUGAUGAUGCAGCCUUUUCUCUGUUUGGAGAGCAGCCCUGUUCGAUGGGGGUGUGUUUAGGGUUGGGCUGCACUGCUUAGUGAGAGUGAAUUUUUUUAUUCCCCCAUCGUAUCCCAACUUAAAACAACACGUAAAAUGCAAUCCUCCGUCCGAAACUGUUGGACUCCUUUUCUAUUAGUGAUCAACUUUAGGUCUCCUAUUUUAUCCUCUUCAUCUUCCCAAAAAACUACAAAUAUUACAUGAAGGUAUAGAGAGAGACGGGAGCUCGGUAUGUUUGGCACUGUUCAGUUUGGUAGCUGCUUAGUCUUGUUGGAUUUGGUCACAUUUUAGCCAUUUUGUCCCCAAUAGUUCUAGUUCUACAAAUACUCAAAACGUUUCAGUCUACUUUGAGUCAAUAAAAAGUCAAGAUACUUUGCUCAAUACUUUUGUACACAUAUAAUAAUGAAGAGACAUAGUGGCGCUGGAAACUUACAAAUAGAUGUGUUUAGAAAUUGUAUCACCAACUAGUGUUUAAGAUGAGUAUUGCAGAGUGACGCUAACACUCCAGUGCAGAGGUAUGCAGUCCUGAGGACUACACUGACUGCUAUGGCACAGGUGGGGUGUAUGUCCAAUGCAUAAGCAUAAGCCAAGCUUACAGCAGUAUUAACGAAGAGCUGGUCCAACCCUGAGCCUGCUGCAAAUAUACAGUUUAUCAGAAGCCCUUCUCUAGAGAUGGUGCUGAUACUUCCACUGUGGAGGGGCCAAAUAAUAGAAGACUCAACCUCUCUACUACAAGGUUUCUGCAUGUUAAACGGAAGCUUUUCCUUGCUACCGUUACUUGCUAAAUACUGCUUAGUGGGAUAACAACUGCUGUGAUUUGGUGCUAUAUGAAAAAAAAAAAAACAGAUUGAUUUAUUGAUUAUUGAUUGUCAAUAUUCGAGGCAGUAGACCCUGGCACGCUGAUCCAUGGUGGCAUGGAAAAACGAUGUAACCUAAAAAGAUAAUAUACUCUGCAUCAUGUUGUCUUACUCUCUUUAAAAUGCCUGACACCAGAGAGUUAUGGCAAGUGAGUCAAGACAGAUUCAAGGAGAAUAAAACAUUUCAUGGGGCUGUACUUAUAAUUUGAAGAACUGCAUGAAUGACCAGCUUCCAGUUAUCCUGCUGGAGAAUAGUGAUUCAUAAAAGUCACUGAGUCUCCAUUUACUGCUACAAACAAACAGAGUGAGCGAUUUCUACAGGAAAGAAUGAAUAAGUGCAUAAAGGCGUUUUCCUCUCUGAUUGGUUCGACAUUGACUGCAUCAUUAGAGGUAAAUGACGUCCUCCUUUACUCAGGGGGUUAUUGCCUCUCUUUCCAGCUGUCACUCAGGGUCGCCCCCUCUCUGUGAUUGGCCAGCUGCCAGACGCUCCCAUUUAGCGAGGGCACCGUCUUACCCUUCACACCUCAGCUUUUUCUCAAUGAAACCUUUACAGCGGGGAUGUUUACAGCGCAUACACUCACAUUGUUCCUGUGUGAUAUAUAGACUUAUUAAAUGAGUUCAAACUUUCAGCAGCUCUUAAACACAUUAAAGCUGCUCUCAGCAAGAUGUUUAUGUAAAAACCCACCUGUCCUAUUACUUAAGACGAGUUAUGGCUGCAGCACUUAGCCCAAAGUUAAGACUUGGUAGGAUCCAAGUACUUCCCCAAAUAAUUAUCAACACCAGUGAUGGAUCAGCAUCUUUACAUACACCGAAAACAACAAUGGAAAAAAGCAUCAGGAACUUUGUGUUUGACAAAACCUGCAGAUUUUCAGGUAAAAUAAACACAUCCUGAAGUUGAUGAUUUCAAUUCAGCUUAAAAAGGAUGCAAUUGUUCUCUUCAUUUUAAAAAACAUACAGCAGAUAUCUAAUGCAGAAACCUCAGGUCUUGAGGGAUGGAGCCAAUGCAGUAAUGCUAAAAGCUACAAUUCCUGGAGUGUCCACUUGGGGCUGGCAGUAAAGCACCAGAAGCCACAUAGACACCUGAUCCUCUUUACUCAGCCUGGCAUUUUAGUCGCAAAACUGACUCUAAAUCCGAAAAAAGCUGCAAAAAUGAACUCUUGCUGCAGAUGUUUUACUUUUAAUGAAUGUUGUCGAUGGGGAAGGAUUACACCAGAAGAAUAUUAAAGGGUAUAGAAUAUUUUUGCACUGUUAACAGACUAACUUGUGCUUCAACUUUGUUCUAGAGUUAGUGUUACAGAAGCGGCUACAAAUGCUGCAAACUAGAAUAAAGAUGUAAUACAGCCAAGCUGAAACCAGUAGAUAAAGAAAUCUGAUUGUUAGAGUUUGCUGCAAAAGUGUCCACUUGUUACCGUUUAGAGGGGAAACAGGCUGUUCUGUUCCCCAUCAUAUCUCUCCUCCUCACUGUCCCUAUUCUUCCCCUUUUCACCUUUCUACACCUCCUUAUCUGUCGUAUUCAAUCGUUCCCUCACUUGCUUCUCUCUUUGUCUCCUUUUAAUCAUUUCCUAUUUGACCUUAUUUCCUGCCUCCAUUGCAUCUCUCUUCCUCCUAUCAUCUCCUCACCUUCUUCUCCGCUGCUUAUCAUCACACAUUAGCUCCUAACCUUUUGUUUAGUCCUCUGUUGGUCAUCUGUCUCCAGGGUUUCUCUGAUAUGUCCUUGUCAUCCUCUUUUUCUGUUCUUCAGUGUGGUUUUCUUUCUUUAAUCUUCAUCUCCUGUUGUUAUCCUCUAUUUAUAACUCCAUAAUUUGACUUAGAGUCAGUUUUUUUGUGUUUUCGCUGUUCCUUUCUCUCCACGGUCAGAGAGAUUCAGAGAAAUUUGUUGGCAGGGAUGGAGGUUUUGUUUAUCUCUAUUUUAAUUCUCAUCCAGACUUUGUUAACAAUGCAACAAUUAAUCCCAUUUUCUACCGUUUUCUUCCUGUUACCACUCCCUAAGUGCAUGUGCUGGAAGGCAGGGAAACCACCUGGUGAGAUGAAGGUUCAGUCCAACACAUGGUUCCAAAAAUAGCCAAACGCUCUCCACAUUUCUCUCCAGUCCACCUGCUGUAGAUUUUUAUUCUGAACAGGCUCAGGCUGGGAAUCAAACCUUAGUCCUUUUUCCCCGUGCCUCAUAGAUAAACUGCAGUUAGCAUUUGUGUUUAACGAGGGAAAUAGUGCAUCACAUUGUAGGUCUUGACUUAGGAACAUUUUUGUAACCAUAAAAUUGUCAAUUUAAGAAAAAAAAAACAAAAAACCUUAUAGUUUAUAUCUAAUGCAGAAAUCUCCAGCCUUGAGAGAUGAAGCCCAUGCAGAAAUGUUAAAAGCUGCAGUUCCUGGAGUGUCCACUUGGGGCUGGCAGUAAAAGCACUAAAAACUACAUACACACUCAUUCAAAAAAAGUUCAUCUGUACAGCAAAAAUUAACAUGAGUUAUUCAAGUUUCGCAUAGUUAGGUGUGUGGCUUACUCAACCAGCAUCUCUUUGCAUCUUGCUCAAUUGACAAAAGUAAGGCUGAGUCAGCACAUCCCAUUUGGUGACCACCAUUAGCAAACGUCAGAACUACACUGAAGUGUACGCAGAAAAAUUUUACCACUGUGCAGUUUCAGAUGCAUGUUUAUGAUUUAAAAAUUAUUUUGAAAGUCUAACAAGGAAAAAAAAAACUUGAACAAGACCCUGAAUAGAGCUUUGUAAAUUUAAUUUAAUGUAGUAUAAUGUAGUAUAGAAUAAUUUAAUUUAUUCUGUCUCCCUAAGGAGAAAUUUGUCUUGGACACACGGGUAGGCAGCAUACAUAUAAUACAGUACAUACAAUACGAUACACACAGUACAAUACAAUACAGCACAGGACAACAAAAACAAUAACAAGACAGUAAAGUGCACAGUGACGCAAAAAAGCACAAGUGGGCCUCUAGAUCACCCUCCAAUAUAAUAAACAGUAACAACCUACAACUGCAUUCUAGUGCACCAGGAAUCACAUUAAAUUAGCCCUACCUCAAAAACCUUCCACCCCGUCUGUCCUCCGCAAGCAGCCCAUUAGGUAGAGUAAUCAACAGAGGGAUGAAGGAAUAUUUAUACCUAUUAUAGUUACACCUGUAGGCGUCAUACCCCCCCAUCACAGUUUAAUAAAUACACAGGUUUUAGUGUCUUGGAGGGUCUUUUUGUUGGACACAGCACUGACACAGCACAGCCUAAACAGUUCAUUUUCACACAAGACUCAGUCUAGGCGAGGCAAGCUGACGAUAGAAGUUCAAGAUUUUGGGGUAGCCCAUUUAAUUUUUGGGGGGGCCAUACGAGUGGACAUAUCUUUGGACAUAUACAUACAAUACCAGCUGAAAUGCUGGAUUAUGAUUCUACUCAGACAAACACAAACCAGAAGAUAAAAUGAAAGCAGAGAUUAAAAUAUUCACAAAGGAGGAGGAGGGUCAGCAGCAAACAAAAAGUGAGAUAUAUUUGUCAAGAAUUUGCAUCGUGAAUGAAAAAUUAUUCAAAAAGAAAAAAACCCAAAGUGUUUUAGAGAGAAAAGACAAUUCUUGAAGACAUCUAUUCAUCAAAAAUAAUCUUCAGUUGUAUGUAAGGCAGUGUUUGUUUGUAUUAAGAGACAGGCAGACAGUCAUUAACAUUUGUAAGAAGCCGAAGCAGUAAAGGAAAUUGUUCCUAAAAUCACCAGAAAAUUCAAGAUCCAGGAUCAGAAACCUUCAGGAAGAACCCAGAACACUCAUUUCAGUGCAGCUCAUUAUGUGGCAACCAGCCAGAGUCUGAGGGGCGGCCAACGGAAAGGCAAGUGAAGCACGUCAAGCCCAUAUGUCUCAGGAUGUCUAAUACCCACCGAGGGGCUGUGAUAACCAUCCAGCUGGAUAAAUGUUAAAUUUACAGGAGAGUCAACCCAAAGAAGAGGAGAAAGUAAGAUCUCUUUGCUUUAUACUUUCACUGGAGGCAUAAUUUAGCUUAUUAGAGAAAGACAGAAAAGAAGGGGGAAAAAAACAGCUUCAGAUCCAUCAGUGAGGGCUUUUUCAUCAGACAGUUUAAUGUAACUUACGUAUUUUUCUGAAAUAUCCUCCCUGUCUGUCAUCAUAGUCUCCUGAAAACUUCCUCAUCAUAUCUGUUCUGCUCUUUGAGAAAAAAUGUAAGAAGAGAAACAUCAUGAUUAGUCAUUUAAAGAGGAUGUAGAGUGGGAACUGCUGCUUCUGACAGCCAGAGAGUGAAUUAUGACUCCCAAUACUCUGAGUGAUUAAAGAGCACAGUCAGGACCAUGCUGAGAUCUACGUUUUUCUCCCCCUGAUGCAUCUGUUUCUCGCUCAAAAUCAGCUCUGGCAACAGGGAGGAAAAGAAGGUUGAAAAGGUUAAUUUUUAAAGAGAGUGUUUCAUUAGAGACGGAGGAAGAGUUUGACUACAGAGGAAAAAAAACUAAAAGAAUAAAGCCAGAGGGAGUUGGUCCAGAGUGACGCACUGUAGAUGUUCUGUAACAGGAAAAAAAGGUGAUGAGGAGGGCAGGAGAGAGGAGGAAGGAGGAAUGAUGAAAAGGUACAUGGCUGAAGUUAGAUAACCAAAGUGGGUCAGCUCAGAGUCUGGAUUGAAUUAAGCAUCCUCAAUCAGACUAAUCUGACACGGUGGUACAGUCCGGUCUGGGACGCUGAGGGGCAGACAGAUUCUUUUUCUUGAACCUGAAAUUUAGUAAACAGAUGAAGCACAGCGUUUGUCUUCUUGAGCAGAGACAAUCAAAGAAAUAGCAGAUCAAUGUCAUAGACAACGACAGUCAGAAUGAACGUCACAGAAGUUCCUGCAAUCACAACAAUGUGCUAAAAGAUGAGCCACCUCUGCCUGCUCUGGCUUCACUUAGGUUAGCUGUUGUUCCGUCCAUGUUUUACACAGUAUAUGGGCCCGGUCAGUAACCUUUGACCCCUCCUGUCACUGUGCAGAGAUAGCUGAUGCCUUUUUGUCCAGGGUUGUUCCUCUUUUAGUGUCUUUGUGCAAAUAAUGUCAUACUACACUUCAGAGACUCGCACAGCCCCUCCAUCCCUGAUCUCUGCUUCAUUCCUUCUCUCUCUCUCUCUCUCUCUCUCUCUCGCUCUCUCUCUCUCUCUUUCUCUGUCUGUCUGUCUGUCUUUCCAUCCAUCUCACAUUGCUGAUUCUUUGACUAGAAUGCUUACUCCACACACCAGAGUCAGGCCCAUUAGCUGAGACCAGCACACUCCUCCUCCUCCUCCUCCUCCUCCGUUCCUCCUCUCCACUUCCAUUAACCAGCCAAUCAAUUAAUACAGGUUGAGUCGGCGUGAGAAGGAGCCAAAAAAAGAGCAAUCCUCUAAUUAGCUUGGACGCUACAUCAGCUCGCUAUAUCUUUGUGCCUGUCUGCAUAAAACACACCACGCGCCACUGCUGCUCUCUCUCUCUCUCUCUCUCUCUCUCUCUCUCUCUCUCUCUCUCUCUCUCUCUCUCUCUCUCUCUCUCUCUCUCUCUCUCUCUCACGCACUCACACACACACACACACAAACACAUUCUACAUAAUGAUUAUGGGCUCUGAGAGCUGUCUUUACUGAGUUUAAUCUGCACACACAGGCUCUAGGAUGGAGUAAGCAUCAUGUGAGCAGAAACACAUGAAUUAUUGCUCUUUUUUAACAAGAAGAGUCCAGUUUACCAGAGUCAAAUGUCUUGUGUGUGUACAAAUACCUGGCCAAUAAAGCUGAUUCUGAUUCUGGGGGUUAUACAUAGAAAGUGUGCAUUGCAAGUCAAUCCCUGCAGACAAUAUACGAAAAUAUAUCUAUUAUCUCGGCGAUUACUCAUUCUAGCUCUUAUGUAUCUGCUUAUAUAUGGUCUCAGCAGUUGCAGAGCCAGGAGCCAGACUUUAAUCCUGAACCAUGACUGGCCCUAAGGCACCACUUCAAAAAUAAUCUUUUGCGGGAUGUGUUUGUGCUAGAAGCUUUUUUGCUCUUUACGUUGUUGACUUUGGAGAAAUCUCUUCUUUUCCAGUCCAUGAACAAUUGAGUUCAACAGAAAUCAAUGUUGCCACUUUGUUGAGUCACAUGUCAAUGCUUAAAGACCCACUCCGAUGCAAAUCGUGUUUUUCUUGUUUUUUUUUACAUGUUCAAACAGCAUUUUUCUGAUGCUAAAGGACACAUCAUGAGAAAAGUUAGUGCAAAAUUGCGUUUCUGAGUAUUUCUGAAUUCAAAGCUCGGUGAAUCUCUGGCAGACCCAAACAGCAGGUUCAGACACAGUAAGAUUUCCUACAUCACAACUCCAAGCUCCGCCCUGCUAUGCAGGCCAGACUCAGAGAAAUAGAAUGGACAGUUGCGGAAUAAGCGCGUGCGUUAGCGGAUUGCAAUGCUUGUAAGAAAGCUAAUUAUGAUUUUAGCUUUCAUCAUGCCCCUAGAGACAAUAGUGUCUAAGAGCUGAAUUGCUCCUAUGUUACCUGCUUCUUCUACUACGGGGCACUGUUCCUACACAAGCAUGCUACAAGCAUGAAGAGGAGCGUGCAGAGCAGCACUGUCUCUGCUGUCUCAGGAGAACUGCUAAUGAGCUACUGAAGCUCUUCAGAAAAAAAAAGUCCUUGAAAAUGGCUAAAAACUUCUUAAUCACAAUUUAAAAACCGCUGAUAACACUUUAAGUGGUGAAAAAAAAUGAUUGGAGUCGGACUUUAAAAUCAUUACAAGAAAAGGUGUUUUGGGACCUUCCUGGGUUUGGGGUCAUGUCUACCUUUACCUGGCUACCCGAACAAAACUAAGUGCCCCGGUCUGGCCCUGACACUGGUUAUCAGGUUUUAAAUGAGCAACUCCGGUCACGGGACAGUGAUGCACCAAAACUGUAAUUCCCAGACUGUUUAAAAUAAUUAGAAAAACCUUAAUCUCUCCUUCAACUGUUUGUAACAUCUUCCUUUGUCAAUCCCAGGCCUCUUCUUCUUGUUCAAAUUUAAUAACUUCUAGCAAAUAGUUCACAAACCAGUGGCUAAUUUAACUUUGCUCAUUAAAUACCCUGUCAUUCAUCAGCCCCCCUGUGGUCAUGCAGUAUGUUUUCAUAAGUUUGAACUGAAUUUGCACUGAAUCAAACCUGUCAUAGUCCCAACCAACAUACCUGGAUGUGGUUGGGGACUGAUUCUCUCUGUCAUGUACAUGACUCAAUUGAAUUGACACUGGCACAUGCUCCAGGGUUUGCACACCAGGCCCUGAGCUGGAAGUUGAAUGGCAUGGAUGCAUUUCUUGGAAGUCAGGUAGUGAAAAAACCUUAGCAGUUGAAGAGAGGGCUUAAAAAGAAAACUGUCCAAAUAAAUGGCACAAAGCUGUAAAAGUGACAGCAUUUUGUUGUUCCACUCAUGAUUUGUUUGGUGUUUCUGUAGGUGACCGGAAAGAUCUGACUCAAAGGUUUGGUCAAAAAAGGAGAAGGAGUGGAUGGGUCAGAGCUGAAUGUGGAUUUACUGUCAUAUUCAAAAGAUUACAACAUGAUCAUCAAACAGCCGGGCUCAUCCUAUUCAGGUCCCUAAUCUAAAUCUGAAAACGGGGAUACUUAGUGCUCGUCUUGUCUCCUUCAGCGUUAAUAUAUAUCAGCUGCUCUGAGCUGGUUUUAUCUUAUGGAGCUCAUCUGGUUCAGAGGUGUCACUUUAGCAGCUCAGAAAAGUUCCUCCAUUUUUCAAACCUUCUGUAUCCAGGACAGGGUUAUGCUGAUCACACAGGCUGUGUGUAUUUUUAUUCCAGCCUAUCUUAUGUUCCCACAUGCAUCCACACCUUAACGCUUCCAGGCACAACAACACUUACAUUCUCCUACAUGCACCAGAGGUUAGGAACCUCUCUAAAAAUAAAAGUAACCAUUUGAAAUGCAAAAAUAGGUAUGCAAACUUUCGACAGCCUAUUUUCUACAGUGAUGACCUAUUUUCUCCCCUCUGACGCAUAAACAAUGCGUCUGUAAAGGGAGGAGAGCUGUGGAUUUGGUGUGCAGAGGAUACAAGAUUUAAGCAAAGCAAGAUAAGACAUUGCUUGUUUUUGAUAUUAAAUAAGAGUCAAAACAACAAAGAUCUGGCUCAGUUUUUCAUCUAUGACAAUUAAAAGUCAAGCUGUAAGCAGCGUUGAAUGGACCCUCACAACUCUGUGCCGGAGGGGCUGAAAUUGUGAAAAAUUGUGGGCGUGGCUUAUCACACUAUUUAAGCCACACCCAGCAACUUUACCUGGAUAAAAAGUGUCAUUGCUCCACCAGGUUCUGUGUACCUCAUAUUAGCCCUUCUGUUUGAUGGUGAAUGCAGUGCUGCCCUGGCAGUAGCUCUUGGCGUAGACAUAUGUGGUCUGUGAGGGGACAGAGGGAAGGUCUUUGGAUCUACUGGUAGAACAUUGAGUCGAAUUCAAUGAACCAGACAGAAUUUGAGAGUGUUUUUGUGAAGGGUGGAAUUUCUUGGUGACAAUAGCUAGCGCUUUGUUGUUUUUGUAUUCCAGUGUAAUAUUAAUUUAGGGUUAAACACACUGUAACACCGAGUUAGACACUCCCUCGAGAGAUGAAUGUUGCCGACCGCUUGCUUCUCUAGUUAUACCAACUUAAGUAACGGCCACAGUAUAGCAAUACACAGUGGUCUGAGGAGCCAUACACAAAUCUCAAUCAAAGCGCCACUCUAUAGCCACAAAUAAUGCUCAGAACAGCACCUAACAGCACCUAACAACACCUAACCAAACAUCUCUUUAACUUUGCCUAAUUUCUUGGGCAAAGAGACUAAACACAACUCACCUACUCUCUUCCAGCAGCUGCUUGUUUCUACGGAGACCUCAGACGAGUCUAUUACUGCAGCGGGGUAACGCAGCUCAAGGAAGAACAUUUAUGAUCAUUACUUUAUCAUUUCCUUGAAGUAAUAAUCAUCAUAUUAAUCAUUUUGCACUGCAGACACAGUAGUCGCCUUAGCGUCUUGGUCUGAUUGCAUUUCCAUGAAGAAAUGAUUAUAAAUGUUCUUCCUUGAGCUGCGUCGCCAUGCUGUAGUCGAUGGACUGGCCUGAGGUCUUGCUACAAACAAGCGGCUGCUGGAAGAGAGGAGGUGAGUUGUGUUAAGUCUCUUUGCUAAAGAAAUCAGUCAAAGCUAAAAAGAUGUUUGGUGGCUAGUACUAUGGCUGGGACCCUAUAUGUACUGUUGGUGAAGUUAGGUGCUGUUCUGAGCAUUAUUUGUGGCUAUAGAGUGGCUUUUUGGUUGAGGUUUGUUUAUGUCUCCUCAGACUGCUGUGUAUUGCUAUCCUGCAGUCGUUACCAACGGUGUGUUUGACCCUUAAUUAAUUUUAUGCUGGAAUAUCCCUUUAAUGCUUUGACUCAUAAAAUGAUGCUGUGUAAUUUGUCCACCGCCUAUUACUUAACGUCAGCAGGAUUUGGUCAUUUACACUCACAAGGUUCAUAUGUGAGGGUUGGAACAUAUUACUUUUGCGUUGAAUUGGCUGGAGAGCUUUUUGAUUUAAACUCAUGAGAAACAUUAUGUGCAUUAACGAUUCAAAAGCAGCCCUAUAUGAUAUUAAAGUGUUAGUUCUGCUGAUCCCACUGAAAAUCAACACCUUCGUCUGCAGCUAAGUGGUCAGACUUAAUGAUUUGGCCAUACAAAAAUCAAAAAUGGAAAUAAGAUGUUUUAUAGACUUAGAUCUCACUUUUAUUCACUCAUAGUCUCUGCUGUGAGGGUAGAAAAGUAAAAGUGCCGUCUCUUGAGCUGCAGCUGCAGCAGUCGAUGAAAAUAAACAAGCUGCUGGCAGCAGCAACCUGGCAAUCAACUUCACUUCAGGAAAAACAGGGCUGCGGAGAUGCUUUCUUUAGAACUACGUCUUUAUGAAUGCUUGUAGAUUAAGCUAAAAAACAAGAUAAAGCAAUUAUCUGCAAGGUAAAUUCAGCAAAAUGGGAAUAACAGUGACUAAAACGAUCUUUGUGUGCCAGUCUUUGUAAAGAGGUUGUCACAUGACUCUCUGAGCAGCAAAAACUAUUUCAGGAUAGUUUUAAAUUUGACAUUUCCAAUCAUAGGUGAGUUGCAAUGUUUAAAGUUUAAACAUGAGGUGGUCUUAAUCCUGCAGUGUCGUCUCUCAUCCUCCACCUCUCAGACACACUGUAGCUUUGGCCUGCCGAGUGAGAUCAGGGAACAGAGUGGGAGGGGGAGGAGGAGGAGGAGGAAGCGAGGAGGGUUAGUGGGGUGGGGAGGCGAGGGGGGACUUCGUUUCAAGGGGGGAGGUGCCAGGGCUUCCUGCGGGGGUUGCCUGUGUGAACGCUCUCUGAAUGACAAUGCUGCGCAUCAGGGCCUCAGCACGACUCCCCUCAGCAGCAGUAGCAACGCGCGCGCACACACACACACACAUAUAUAUACACACAACCACCCACUCACAGUCGCAGAGAGAGAGCCUGAGAAAGCUGCAGGAGCAUGCAGCAGCAGCAGCAGGAGGAGCGAUAACAGAGGUAUGCAGUGUGCAGGAGAAAAAGGAAACAAGGAGGGAGAGAAGAGAGAGUCUGCAGCCGUCACUCUCCUUCCAUCCGUCCUCAUUACCAGUGAGUGAUGGAGGGGGGGCAGCUUGUCAUCCACAGCAUCUCGUAGUCCCCCUCAAUAGCGCGAAUCACAGGCAGGCUCGUCCACCAGCAGCAUCAGCACCACCCCCUCCUCGCCAUCUCUCCACCACCCAUCCACCUCUUCCCGACACUCACUUUCACUCUCUCUCCCUCCCUCUCUCUCUCUCUCUCUCUCUCUCCGUGCUGUCAGCGGAGCGGGGCUUUUAUCAUGCCUGUUAGUAGCCACCAGUCUACGGGAAUCAGAUGAUGAGCAGAUCCAGUGAUGCUCACAGGUUAUGACGUUGAGGAGGCAUCUUGUAAAUAAUAGCUGGGUGCUAAGACCCACUACAGCGGGCGGGUUUUACACACUGUGUGACCUCAGGGUGACUGUCGAGCCCAGUCAGAGCUCAGUGAGAGAAAAAUUACUCAUACUGCACAAACAACUCAUCACUCAUAUUUAGAGGAUGUGUCGAGUUUUAUUUGACACCAGCAGAAAAAAAAGGCUCAAUACUGCAUCUGACAGCUUCAAUGGGAUUUAUUUGGACCAUUUCAUUUUAAGGCCAAAAGCUUUUUGGGGAUUUUUUCAAAUGCAAAUCAGUCAAAUGAAAUAAACAGAACCAGCUGGCUGUCUGAGAAUCUCAACUCUGAGACCUUGAAUGCAAAUUUUACUCUGUGAUGUAAAAAAUAGAAACAAAUGAAAAGUGUAGAGCUGAGUUUUCUUUAAAGAGAGAAGAAGCAUUUAAUGGGAAGUAGAUAUGAGAUUACAUCCAGUCCUGAAAAGUACUAAGAUGUAGGGGUCCACCAAGGGGUCUGAUCUGGUGAGGUUUGGAUUGGUGUGAAACUAUUUACAUAAUUUUAUAAUCAAAAUUUGAGAAAAUUCCCCCAAAGCCAACCUGUACUGAACUGUUUUUAGGGCAUUUAUGUUGGGGUACCAAGCAUACUGAUCAAUCCCCAAACUGCAAUAAUUAAAGAAAGAGAGGACAUACACUGACAGGCAUAAAGGCAUCAACGACAUUGAUGAUUGCAAAUAAAAUUAAAAUGAAAAGAGGUUUGCGCUGGGCAGUCGAGCUAGCCUACUUCCAGCAAACAUAACUUUUGACAACCUUUUACAUGCAAGUUCCCUGCAGGCUUAAACCAAGAGUACUGCAAGUCUUUGACAUUAGUUCAUAUUAAAAGAACCAUGUGAAAACAAGGAAAGUCCUUACACAGGGAAGACAGGAUCGGGCUUUUACUUUGAAAAGCUUCCGGAAAGUAAAACCCUAAUAUACUUUUCAUGCUUGUGACAUCAACAUAGCUGGUAAUGAGCAUAUACUGUACAACCCUCAGUUUAUCAUUUUCAGUGUGUUUUUGGCUGAGCUGUGUGUGACUUGCACAAAAGAAAAUCAGACGAAGUGCAUGCACAUGCAUGUUGAAAAUUUAAGUGGUUGUGCAGCAGACACUCUGUGUGAAGUACAACUAUGGAAGCAAAUCUGUGCCAUUUGAUUUUGAAAAAAAUUUUCUAAAUCUGAGUUGUUUUUUUUUUUUUCAUCAAAAUCAGACUUUUCAAAACUAUCAAAUUUCAAGCACGCAUUUUAUUUCUGACACUAACUUCCUUCACAAUGAUGAAAUAAAUUCAGUGUAAAAAAAAAAUCGGUCCCUUUAAAUAUUUGUUUGGUAAAAAUUCAACUUAAAAAAACUGUGUAAAAAAAAAUCAACUUAAAAAAAAUUCAGUGUCAAAAAAUUCAGUGUAAAACAGCGACUCAACAUCCAGGUAACCAGGGAGAGCCCUCGAUUCCCGGUUCAAUCAUCCAUCGUCCAGCCAAUCAAAUAAUGCUAGAGUGGUCAUGUGGCACCGACCCCAGUGGAAGAUUGAGGAACUGAUUGCUUUUCCCUGGUUACCUGGAUGCUGAGUCAGUCUCUUUUACACUGAAUUUUUUGACACUGAUUUUUUUUUUCAUGUUGAUUUUUUUUUUUUACAGUUUUUUUUAAGUCAUAUUUUUACUACACAAAUAUUUUGAGAGACCGAUUUUUUUUUAUACUGAAUUUAUUUCAUCGUUGUGAAAAAAAAAUAAGUGUAAGAAAUAAAAAUGUGUGCUUGAAUUCAAUGGUUUUGAAUUUUCAAAGCUGAUUUUGAUGCAAAAAAAAAUAAGCUUUGAAAAUUCAAAUUCAAAGUCAGAUGGCACAGAUCUACUUCCAUACAGAAUCCUUUGUGGAAAUGAGCCGUUAUUGGCCACUCCAAAGUUCUCAGCUAUAAUUGACUUCUAUGAAUAUAGAAUAACACAGUGAGGAAGAUGCACUAGGAAUCACUCUUUACUACCUGAAAACUCAGAGUCUGUGCAAACUCUGGGUCCACCCUGGACCGUUUUGAACAAUUUAAGAGCUGGAGCAUCAGCAAAAUCAGUUUUUUUUAUGGAAGUGUGAUGGUACAUUGAAUCACAGUGUGGAAAUAAAACUUGGAGGCUGAAAGAGGCCACCUACAUGUUAUAUUUAGCUGCUAAAAGUAACUUUAGCUUUGCGCACAUGUCAAACCUGACUCAGCUUGUUUUUUUCCGUGUAGUUAUUUCUCACUAAAAUCUCUCUAUGUGUGUUUCUAUGAGUUUUAUUUUGGUGACAAAUGCUUGAAAAUGUUCAGGUAAAUUCAUGCAAAGAUAACAAAAAUAAUAUUUCUGAGAACUUAAACCAAUCCUCAAAUGGUUUGAAUAAACAAACAGAAAGUUAGGCUCAGUGUCAUUGUGGAUAAGAAGCCUCAGUUAGCAUUGGUAGGCUAUAGGUGAAAAAAAGUUUACUUUUAUGCAUUUAUUUAAACCCCGAAAGACAUCAUGACCUGCACUGAAGCUCCUGCAGGUGAGAUGACAUAAGGAGACGCUACAUGUAUGAACUCAUCACUGUUGUUGCAUCACACAUUGGACACCAGCAGGUUAUUCCCCCUUUUAUGAAGUUUUGUGACACUUUAUUGACUUCUGCAUAGUCUACCACAGUUUGCCUUAAGAUCCAUCCCAAAGCCCACCAUAUGGCCCUCUUUAAGUUUUCCACCAACUGUUUUAUUUAGACCGGGAAUCAGUAGUUGGUGGGAGAGACAAACAGCAAGCAGGACUCUCAAACGCUUCUCAGUGUUUAACAGAUGGCGAGGUACACUUACUAACCCACCCUGAUGCACGAUGUAGGUAGUCACUUCCAAAGGCAUGCAGGUGGUGUUCAGAGCUUUCUGCACUUGUUUCAGCACUUUGGACAGCGCCACAAGGCCUUGGAUUGCAGUCAGGAACUGUUUCAGGACCAAGGACAGCUCCACAGUGGCGCUUCAAAUCAGUAGUUCCCAUUUUCAUUAUGUAACAGCAAUCAAAAAUAUCCCAAAGAUCAUUUUAAAGGGAUUUUUUGUCUUCCGUGUUAUUUUAAGGGUUUCUCUUCCCCUCCAUCCUCUCCUUCAUGUCUCCACCCGCACCUUCAUUUCCCUGUACUGGAGAGGUGACAGCUUGCUUGGUUUAGCCCAGGCAAACAGCUUGCUGAAUUGCAUCAAAGUGGACUCAGAUGCCAGAGCCAGACUGACAGACGGCUUGGAGGAGAACGAAGGGAAUGAAGGGAGAUAAAACCUCGUUCAAAGUGUCCUCAAAAUAACAGUACGCCCUCAAAAAAAAAAAAAAGAAAGGAAAAAAACAAACACAGCACUCCAAACUCUCCCAACUCUCCUCCUGGCUGAGCAGAUGAAAUUUUUGUCCAACUUACUUUACUGGCAGCGUCUUUCUUUUCAUACAUUUAACAGCUGAGGAAAUUCCACAAAAUACUUCAACUUAUAAAACCCUUCUGCUCGUCCUCAAAAACUCAGAAUCACAUGAUCAGGCUGACGUGAUGUGGUCAUAUGUUCUACUGAGGAAUCCAAUUGAACCUGCACUUAUACAGUCAAACUGAAUAAAAGCAGGAACAGUGGAAGUAUUGAUGAAAAAUGAUCAUACGUAUGCGCCCUCCAAUAUCUGGUAUCUAAUGUAUAUGUUAUUCUUUGCAAAGAAGAUCCUUUGAAUCCUCAGGAGAUUUAAAUUUGUGAUCUGGGUCAGAUUUUUGUGCAAAGUUUGCAGACAUUUUCCUUUUCACCACUAAGUUCUCAUUCCAAAUACGUCAAAUAUUUAUGCUUUCUCACCAGUUUUUAAGGACUUCUUUUAAUUCAUUUAAUUCCUGAAAAAUGAAUAAAAAAAAAUAAAAAAAUGCAGAAACAUUUGAGAAAUACAAAAGAUUUAAAGAAAGAUGCAACAUUUGUUCAAUGCCAUAACUAUUUUUUCAAAAUUCAAAUUUUUUUUCACAUAAAAAUAUAUAUUAUAAAAUCAAAUGCAAAAUUCAUCUUACAAAUUGUAAAUUUUUUUUAAAAAACUACCUCUAAAAACUAAAAGCAAAAUAUCUUAUGUACAAAUAUCUAAAUGUCUACAAAAUGGAAACAAUUUUUUCAAGUCACAAAAAUGAAAUGAAACCCAGUUUUUGGUGUGUGAUUGUUUAAGUUUCUUGACUGUCAUGAUACAUUUUGUUAAAUCUUUAUUUACUUAUUUUUGCAAUUUAAAUUUCAAAUAUUUUUUUCCAUCAUUACCAUUUUUGCAUCAGUAACAUACUGUGUUUCUGGCAAUAUUUUUGUGUUUAAGUGAUUAUUUGUCAUGUAAUCAAUUGUCUAAGCAUUCAAUUGAUUUAUUUUGGAUUUCAUGACAUGGUCGUGCUUUUGAUUAUUCAUUUUUGCAUUGAGUAAUUAUUUUUAGCAUUUUAUUAAAUAAUUCUGCUUUUCCUGAUUUGUGUGUAAUCGGGAAAAUGUCUUAGGAGUCAACUUAAAUGUUUUAAGUGAUUAUUUUAAGCAUUUUGUAAAAUGUUUUUAGAUAUCAUAAUUUGUGUUUGGGUAAAGUGAAAUACCUUUAAUUUCUCUUCAUCAGUUGUUCUUAUGUUUUCUAAAAUAUUUCCAGCAUGUUUGGACUUGUUUUAUGCUUGGUUUGGUUAAAUGAUUUCACUUCAUUAAACAUUUGUGCAGUUGACCAUCAGGGCCACCGUACAGCCUCUAUGUGGUAAUAACUGACGCUCAGUGAUACAGUUGAUCAUAAGGAGAGACGAAAAGUGAGUAAAGCUGCAGAGAGCAGAGGUCUUGGGUGAUGGAUGGGACAAAAACACAGACUUGAGAGACCUAACAGCAAGUUUCGCGUUGAAAGUGUGUUUCAUGAUGUGUUCCUGCAGAUUUUAUGAAGCCUGUUGUUUCUAUUUAUAUGUUGGCUGAUCCAACCAUAAGCGUUAAAGGGGUUCAGUAGUGAGAAAAAGAGAUGCUGCCACGUGCACGCGUAUGUCAUUUGACAGACACCAGCGUCCAUGUGAGACAGAAAGGGAUACCUUCAGCGUCCAAGUGUGACGCAGUGACCAACCUAUCGAGCUGAAGUGAAACUCUUUGAUUCGCCACAGAAUCCACAUAAAAACACCCCCCUUCCCUCUUCUAAAGAACCUCACUGGGUUUGAGUAAACAGUGAUCGGAGCAAAUCUGAGUUUGCUGUCGGUGCUUUGGCUCCUAAGAAAAAGUCUUGAGCAGCAUCCCUGCAGGGGCCUCAAAUCACAAACCCCAUCAGCCCUGGAAACUCCAUCUAACAUCAUUGAGAAUCUUGUUAUUACUGAUUAACAUAGACCCCCCAAAAAAACACCAGUUAACAGGUACAUUUUUUGCCUCUCCACCAAAUUUACAUUCUGAACAGUUAGAAGAGCUGCCGCGUCGUGCCAUACACACUACUGAUGGCCAUACAUCUCCGUCGUGCGCUAUGGGGAGUGGGUUGGGAGUGGGGGAGGCACCGGGGAGGCGCCGUGCGUCGUGCGCUGCAAGGCUUGGCCACGGAUCUGCGCGCGGCGCUCGGUUCCCGUCAGACUGAUCAGAUGCUCAAUGCGCGGCUCAACCCCGACGGCUUACUAAACGCAGCAGAGCCGGAAAACGCGCUCCGCUCGUCGGGUGCUCUUCGUUUCCAAGGCUGAUCUCCACGGGAAUACACAGCCUCAGGACCGGGUUGGCUUGCGUCCCCCUGGGGGGGUCGAAGCAGGAAAAAAGAGAGAGAGGAAAAAAAAACAGAGAGAGGGGGGGGAAGGCAGAGCUAGUAAAAAAAAAGAGAGAGACAGGAGACGCUGGACUUUCUGUAGCUCUGCGGGGCUGGCCGCCUCUCUCUGGUUCGGGGUGCCUCGGGGGCGAUGCUGCUGGGAGGGGAUGGUGUACGGUUUCUGCCCGGUGGCGGAGGAGAAGAUGAGAGCCGCUGCCACAACACACCCUCACCGUCGCCGAUCUGUUUUCCCAACAAGAAUUGAUGAUGGUGAUGAUGCUGCCUCCCCCAGUGGUCUUUUUCUGCUCCUCCGGAUCCUACUCGACCGGGAUUCUUGGUCUCCAAACGUUGGAUUAUAGAUGAUUGUUGUGGACAUAUUUUUUUUAAUUUAACUUCACCCACUCAUCAGCUCGCUUUCCCGGGGGGCAGUGGGGAAAGAUAUAAAUCGUUAGGUUGAGGACCAGUGUGUUUUUUCGUCUCCAAGUGCGCGCAAUCACGCCCAAAAUCAGUGAGCGACGCCUUGUUGAGGAGGAGGGGGAGGAGGAGGAGGAAGAGGAGGGGGGGAUGCCGCACCGUCCAUCACCAAAUAUCAACAAAUGUCACCAGGCUCGGAUUUUGGGGAAGCCCCCAUCGGUUGGCGUUUGCGUAUAACCCGUGUGGCGUGGUGGCAGUGAGAGGUGGCAGCAGCAGCAGCAGCAGCAGCAGCAGCAGGGAUCACUGUCGUGCUACAGCAAUCAUUGCGGAUAUAUGGCACAAGAAAAAAUGAAUUAUUAAAAAUUUUACUCUUAUCUUUUUCUAUUUUUAUCUGGCAGAAAAAAGGGACCUGGGGAGGGUGAAAAAAGACAACUGCAGAUCUUGUCAAGAUGCACUAGGCUGUUGAGAGGGAAAAAAGACGCAGUCUCCAGCUAGGGUAGCCUACUUCUAGAGGAGAUGAUUGCAAUAUUUCUUCAAACGCACUGCUAUGCAUCCUUUUUGCAUGUAUUUAGGGUAAUCGAUUGGUUGUCUUAUUGAGAUGCAAGAACAAGCUCACUCUUGGAGAGGUUUUUCCCGACCCAAAAAAGAAAAAAAACCCGAAUGCCUUGCCUUUUUACGACCGAGAGAAAACGCUGAUGCUCUGACAAAUUGACAUUUUUUGACAGUUUCCUCACGUUCCAGCGAAACCAGCUGUGUUUUUCUCCUGACAGAGAACUGAUUUGCCAGAAAUCACAUCGACACAUCGGUUUAUUUCCCAUUCAUAUUCCAAACACACGAUCAGAAACACCGUGCGCUUUUCCUCUCCCCUCCUCUCCCUCCCCUCUUCUCUUCCUCUCCACCUCCUCCUACUUCCCUCCCUCCCUCUCCACUCACAAAUGGAGGUAUCUUCUCGGCGCUGAAGAUCUGGGAAGGAGACUCAGUUAGAUAGCAGACGGGAGGAAAAAGAGAGUGAGAGACAGAGAAAGCAUCUCCAUUCUGCAUGUGUGUUUGGAGCCGAAGCUGAUGGGGUGGUGGCAUGUGGAGGUGUCACUCUGAGGUUCCCCCCUGGCUCCUUCUUAACCUCUGGCGUUUGGUGUCUGCAGAAUGGCGCGUUUUGGAGACGAGGUACCCAACAGGUAUGGAGGAGGAGGAGGUGGUGGUGGCGGUGGUGGCGGGGGUGCCGGCGGACAAGGGGGGCCCGGCCGUGGCGGCAGCAGGCAAGGGGGGCCCCCCGGGGCGCAGCGGAUGUACAAGCAGUCGAUGGCCCAGAGAGCCCGGACCAUGGCCCUGUACAACCCCAUACCCGUCCGGCAGAGCUGCCUAACGGUCAACCGCUCCCUCUUCCUCUUCAGUGAAGACAACGUGGUGAGGAAGUACGCCAAAAAGAUCACCGAAUGGCCAUAUCCUUUCAUAAGCGAAGAGCGAGCGAGCCGACAAGGUACCGAGAGGUUGUGGUGUGUUUGCAGGAGCGCUUGGUGAGGGGUGUCAGUGUGUGAUACUUCUCUACCUUUUGCAGUGCUGUGAAAUGCUACAUGUUGUGUUUUGGAUGAGUGUGACAUGCUGUUUGGUGUUUGUAUAAAUCCCAUGGACCCUUUUCAACAUUAAAGUGCAAAAAAUCUAGAUUUAAGAUGCCAGAGUGUCCACCAAAAGUACCAAAGACUAUCAGUGUGAAGUGCUUCUUGUCAAAGGUUUAAUACAUUCCUUUAGUCUAUUUUUUGAGUUUCCCUGGAGACCUCAAGACCUGAUUAAGCUGUGUGCCUGCAGCAGGAACUAAUACCAGAGACUUGAGAGGGUGCACAAUACAGGUUAUUGGCAGGGAUCAGGGUCUAAAUAAAGUACCAGGGUGCUUCUUUUACCACCAAAUGGUUCCUGAAUCUACUCAAAGGGUCAGUGUAUAGAAAUAGAGAUUGUUAGCGGGAUAUAGCGGUUAGAUUCGGAAUUGAAACGCCCCUCCUGUCAGGGAUGGUGGCCAGUGAGGACAAGAAGCUGCUACUAUGUAGAGGACAAGCUUGUAUGCACAAAACAAGGACUCUCUUCUUCUUCUUCUUCUUCUUCUUCUUCUUCUUCUUCUUCUUCUUCAUUUUCCAAUCAGUAACUCUCUAA